AUCUAAACCAGGGCUUAAUAUUGAGUUACCAAAUAGCUCAUUAUAACGCAUCGGUUUAAAAAUUAACAUUUUAUUAGAAUGUUGAAAUGUUGCUUUGAUUUGUAAAUGUCAUUGGGUGUUCAAAUAGGUGCAAAUCGGGUCCCAUUCAUUCACCUAUGAUUAUGUUUAUGGCGGCAUGGGCUCGCCUUGUUCUGCUCUCAAUGAUGAUUCUGUUGCUCCUCUUGUUGAUGCGCUAUUCUAUGGAUACAAUGCCACAGUUCUUGCAUAUGGCCAGACGGGGUCUGGGAAAAUGUACACGAUGGGGACUAACUAUACAGGGGAAGAAAGUAAUGGUGGAAUUAAACCUAAAGCAAUGGAAAGUAUAAUCCGAAGGGUUGAGGCGAUGAAAGAUUCCACAAAAGUUUUUAUCAAAAUAUUCGAGGACAAAGUGUUUGAUUUGCUUGAUCCAUAUUCAUCGGUCUUCUUUAAAGCUAAAGGGGCAUCUUUUGCAAAGCCCACAACGCAUGCAAGAGUUCCCAUACAAAUAAGAGAAACGUUUCUAACGUCCGUUUAUGAUUCAUUUCACCAUUUUUUCAGUCAGUCACAUGCUAUCUUUACAAUUACAAUGGAACAAAACAAAAUUUCUCACUGCCUGGCUGGAGCAAAAAAUGAUGACCUUGGUGAUGAUAUCUUACAUGCAAAACUACAUUUAGUCGAUCUUGCUGGUUUUAUACGUGCAAAAAGAUCAGGUGCAGAUGGAAUGCGUUUCAAAGAAGGCAUACAUAUCAAUAAGGAUCUACUGGCUCUUGGCAAUGUGAUAAGUGCUUCGGGAGAUAAGAAAAAGAGGAAAGAAGGAGGCCAUGUUCCAUAUCGUGAUAGCAAGUUAACGUGCUUGUUACAGGAUUCUCUUGGAAGGAGCAGCAAAACAAUCUUGAUUGCUUGUGUCAAUCCUGCUGAUACAAAUGUUGAGGAAACGAUAAACACUCUGAAGUAUGCACAGAUCGUGCUCAUAACAGGCAGAGCAAGGCAGUUUGUUUAUAACUUGUUGACGAGAUAUCUUUUAUAUGCAGGUGCUGAAAAUGGAAAUGGUCCUGGAAUUCAGGGUAGAGUUGCAGGGAACGAUCAAGAACCUUACACAUGGAGACCGUUGCCCAACAAAGAAAAGUAUGAGCUGGUGGAGGAUUGCGUGGACGAUGAUGACGACAAGAGUGGAACACGUGACUUGAGGAAAUGUGUUGUGCAAAGGCUUAAAUCGCACGAUACUCUUGUUCGAUUAAAUUUACUUAGAAUAUCGAAGAAGCAUAACUCUCCAACAAUGUUGAAGCAAGUGGUGUUGAUCAAUGUUGAAGCAGAACUCUUGUAG